CCACGUUUUCAUGAAGCGAUUCUGGGCUCACUGCUCCAACUCUCACUCAUCCAUUUUCCAGCCUACCCAUGUGGGGUUUGAAAUUUUCUGUGGCGGUGACUAAUUGUUCUUUCUCUUAAUCCUUGAAAUAUUGAGCACUACUCAUCACUGUGUUAUACUCCAUGCUUCAUCUUCAUGCUGCAGCUUGCUUCUGUCUGAGUAUUGCCUCCGUAGCUCAAAACCGGUUUUUCUCCUGACAACCUGCUGGAUAAUUUCUUGGUUACUGUCGAGGUGCGACAAAGGCUUGAGUGCACAGAAAGAAGGAUUGCCACUGCAAGAACCAAGAGGGAAAGAAGUCAAAUAGACAAUUGAAAAGGAGGAAUUGUUUAGCAAGGAAAAUAACUGGACUGGCAGCAACUUAUAUGAGCAGUGCCAAAGACUCUGGCCUUUCGUACCAAGCAGCAGUGUGCACUGAGCUGAAGAAACCAUUGGUGAUCCAGAAGCUGCCUUUACUUCCACUCAAAUCCACUGAAGUGCGUGUGGAUGUUCAUUACUGCGGUGUGAACUUUGCUGAUUUUCUGGUAUGCCGGGGACUGUAUCAAGAGCAACCUCUGGUUCCCUUCACUCCAGGAAUGGAGUUUACAGGAUCUGUGCUGGAGGUUGGUCCUAAUGUCACAGCGAUUCGCCAGGGAGACCGUGUGAUUGGUGUGAGUUACUUUGGGGCAAUGGCAGAACAGUGCGUUGUUGACCACACGAUGCUGUGGCCCAUUGGAGAAGAGGUCCCCUACGAGGUGGCUGCUACCUUACCAGUUUCAUAUGGCACGGUGAUUCUGGCACUGCAGCACCGAGCAAAGACAAGGCCAGGGGAGACGGUUCUUGUUACGGCAGCCGCUGGUGCAGCUGGACUUGCAGCUGUGGAUUUUGCAUCCCAUAUUCUAAACACUAAGGUCAUAGCAGCUGCUGGGACGGAUGAGAAGUGUGAACUAGCAGUGCAGAAGGGUGCUGUGGCAAGCAUCAAUUAUACUACAAAGAACGUGAAGGAGGAGGUGAAAAAGCUGACUGCAAACAAAGGGGUGAACGUGGUCUUCGAUGCUGUUGGAGGAGAUAUAUUCAAGGAUGCCUUCAGCAGCUUAGCAUGGGAAGGCAGAAUCGUGGUUGUCGGGUUUGCUAGUGGAAAUAUACCGUCUGUGCCAGCCAACCUUCUGCUUCUGAAGAACGUGGCAGCCAUGGGCGUUUAUUGGGGAAGAUACCAACAUGAAGAUUUCCCAACCUUCUCUAGGUCCAUCAUGUCUGCAGUCCAAUACUGUCAGGAAGGGAGGAUCAAACCUUGGGUUGGAGCUGUUUAUAAACUGCAACAGUGCAAUUUUCGGGCCAGCUUUGUGAGGACGCAGUGUUCAGACGCCCGAGAGAGAAGCACUAUUUUUGCCAUGAGCUCAGGUCAAAGCAGGUGCGCGGUCGCUGUCAUCCGAGUGAGUGGUCCCGCCAGCAGCAAGACGCUGAUACGCCUGACCGGUCAGAGAGCUCUUCCGCCGGCCAGAGCCGCUGCCCUCCGGCCGCUGGUGGACCCCGGGACGGGGGAGCGUCUGGACAUGGCGUUGGUGCUGUGGUUCCCGGGCCCGCGCAGUUAUACUGGCGAGGAUUGCUGCGAGCUCCAUGUCCAUGGGGGGCCGGCGGUGCUCAGCGGAGUUCUCCAAGCCCUGGCAUGCUCACCUGGGCUGCGGCCAGCGGAGGCAGGCGAAUUCACCAAACGUGCCUUCCUGAAUGGGAAGCUGGACCUGACUGAGGUCGAGGGGCUCGGAGACCUCAUUCAUGCCGAGACCGAAGCCCAGAGGAGGCAGGCUCUGCGGCAGAUGUCCGGUGAUCUGGGGCACAUGUACCAUGGAUGGAGUGAGAGGUUAACUCGGUGCCUGGCCCAUGCAGAGGCUUACAUUGAUUUCAGCGAAGAUGACAACAUCGAGGAGGGAAUACUCGACCAGGUUGAUAACGAUGUGCGCACUCUGCAGAGUGAGAUCGACCUGCACCUCCACGACAGCCGCCGUGGUGAGAGGUUGCGGGACGGUGUCCACGUAGCAAUUGUCGGGCCACCGAAUGCAGGAAAAAGCAGCCUUCUGAACCGCAUCUGCCAGAAACCAGCCGCCAUCGUCUCGCCGACAGCAGGGACGACGCGGGAUGUGGUAGAGACGGCUCUGAAUCUUGGAGGGUACCCCGUUCUCCUGAGUGACACUGCGGGACUCCGAGAGACGUGUGACCCCGUGGAGCGGGAGGGAGUGAGGCGUGCCCGGGAAAGGCUUUGGCAGGCCGAUGUAGCGAUCCUUGUGCUGGAUGCCACGGAACUCCUGUCAGAGGGGACUAAUGCGGUGCUGUCUUUCCUCGGAGACCAUCUGAGCGGAGUAACCAUGGAUGGCUCUGACGAGCAUCAAGCUGAAGCCAGCACGGCCUUGGCGGACUCGAUUGUGGUCUGCAAUAAGACAGAUCUCGUUCAAUUGGAGGAGCGAGACAAGCUGCACUUGGUUCUUGAAGAACAAGGGCUACAUCAGGUAUGCCUGCUGUCCUGCAAGACCGGCAGUGGUUUUGACGACUUCUUGCGCCUCCUGGGAGAACAAGUUGAAAAAAUGUGUGGGAAUCCAUUGGCUGGCAGCCCCAGUUUAACUCAGGCACGUUACCGGCUGCACCUCCACAACUGUGCCCAGGCACUAACAGAAUAUCACCGUUACCGAGAACUGGAUCUCGUUCUUGCCACAGAGCAGCUGAGAGUAGCCUUGAGACAACUAGGAAAGAUCACUGGGAAGAUUGGAGCCGAAGAAAUCCUGGAAGUUAUAUUCAGGGAUUUUUGUAUUGGAAAAUAAAACUUCUGAAGAAAGAGCUUUUAAACUCAUCCGGUGUCAUUGAGACUUUACACAAGGUG